AGAAAUUCCCCAACAUCGAGAACUCUCGCUACUAUACACUACUACCUGUUUGUUAGUAAUCGCGAGAAUGUCGAGUGAAGUGCAAGUGACGCUUGUGCUGCUUGUUGCGGUAUUAACAACCCUUUCAUCAGGUUUUCCGCAAAAAAUCACAAACGCUGACAAAACAUCUCAGGAAUCCUCAGGUGGUCCACCGUUUUUGGAAUUUAAAAAUGGCGCCGUAAGAUUGAAUUUUGGUGGCUAUCACGCGGAAGCUGGACUCGGAGGACUUUUAGGUGGCGGAAGAGCAGGAGGUGGACUUCACGUGAGUGCCGGAACACCUGAUGGUUCACAUGCUUCCGCAGGAUUAGGUGGACUUCUCGGUGACAACGGAAGUGCUGGUGGUGGUUUACAUGCCCGAGCAGGAUUGGGUAACGGUGGUCCAGAAGCAAAAGCCGGACUUGGCGGAGUUCUCGAUGGAACGAAAAAAAAAUAUGGAGAAGGAUCUUUGUUUGCUGAUUCAACAUGGAAAAAGGGUGAAAAAAAUGAAAAUGAACGAAAAAAUAUUCAAGUCAUUCCCCGAGCAUCGAAGAGUAAAGAGGUAGCAUCGUCAGCAUCAUCAUCAUCUUCUAAGGACAUCACAGCCAAUGUUGAUUCAGGUGCAUCUGCAACAUCAUCUGAUGCAGCUACAGUGACGUCACUAAAAGAAGAAAAGGAUGAUGAAGAUAAAGAUACGGGAAUUGGAAUAUCUGUUCUCAAGAUAAAAACAUUGGAUAAAUCGGAACCAAUUGAAUUUGCAACAUCAACAGAUACAAUUGACAGUAAUUUGGAAUCUCGUAAUCGUGGGAUUUAUCCAGCACGUUGGUACAGAAAACGAUUCAGAACAGGUGCGAGAAAAAAUGUUCUUUAUAACACUGUUUUAAUACCCGAUGGUGAUCACGUAGUGGCCCCAAGUUCACCUGGAAUUUUUACUCGUGCAGGUCCUGAGGUGUCUUAUUCACAUAACGAUGGUCAAAAAGCCAGUACCUUAUUUGAUGAUAUUUUCAAUAUACCAAUUUCAACAUUGAAUGCAGUGAAUCAAUUAUUAAAAAAUAAAAUUGGUUGAUGCCAAUAUAUAAAAUUCCCGCAGAUGUGUAUUUCAAAAUGAAACUCUAAAAAUGAAUUUGAAAGUAAUCGCACGUUUUUUUACACAUUGUAAUUUUUAUAUAUUUUGUAUUCCGUUUACACCUCCGCAUGUAAAAAUACUCCGACACAAACAAGGUCACAAAAAAAAAUGUUUCCACGUUGUCGUCUUGUUUUCUUAUUAAAAAUUCUGUACAUAUAAUAUAUAUUCGAGCGAUUUGUUAUUCAUUUUAAAUGAUCUCAUGAAAUUUUUUAUAUGCGGAGCAGAAAAUUCUUUGUUGUUAUUUUCAUCGAAAUAUUUCUUUCUUUCCUUUUUUGUUUAGCAAAAUUUUUUCUAAUAUUUACCAAAUAGUAAUUUUUCAAAAAAUAAAUAUUUAAUUCCUAUAUAAUAAACAUUUUAUAUUAAAUAUACAAUAUUUCGUUCUAUAUAAUAAUUGUGACGAUUUGUAUAUAAUAUGAAAUUUACGAAAAAUUGACGAAUUGUUAUUAAUAAUUAAUGUAUAUUUAAAAAAAAAGAAUGUUGAUCACUUGAAAUAUUUUUUAAUAUUAAUUUUGAUUUGUAUAUUAAAUUAGUCAGUGAAGGGCAAGUAAUUUUUUUUUACAAUAUUCAGUGGUAGAAAGCAGUAUUUAGUGAAAUGUUGAAGAUUACUAUUGUUAAAGGCUUGUGUUUAUUAAUCACAUAAAUUUUGCACGAUAUUUAUGAAUAUUAUAGCUGACAUAUUUUUAAUAAAGGUUUUCUGUAAAAUUUGCUUACAAAUAUUA